AUGGUGUUCGGCUCCGCGUCUAGAGAUAUCUACCUCAGACAGGAGGGACUCCCACUCUCCUUAUGCGCCACGUGUAAAGUCGGCGACGACGACGAAUGGAAGUACAGUGAGAUUAGCAUCGACCGUAAUCUCGGCCUUGCCAGUGACGGGAAGUUCGAUAUCACAGGUUGCUUCAUGGGUUCGCGGCUUGGAUGGACAAAUAUAAUGAAGCCCGGGACUCUUCAACUCAAAGGGACAGUCAUGUAUGGCACCCUCAUAGAUGAGCUGGGUGGUCACGAAAUGUCGAUUUGCCCCGACCUUUUCAUCGACAAUGACAGGGGAACUUUGAAAAAGAGGAUCCCUCCGAACGACAUCUAUAGUAGUGUGCUCGGGCUCAAGCUGGAUCCCAACACGGCUGUACUCAGUGGCUAUUGUCUUGGACAUGACGGUAAGCUCCAUUAUUCAGAGCUGCCGUUGGACGAACAUUUCGUGAACGACAAUGGAAUUAUCAAGAGACAGGAAGGUGGCGACUUCGCUAGCACCGCCACAAAUAUCUACCUUGACAAUAACUGGGUUUUGUGCGCCGACCUCCUGCAGUAUAACCCAAAGGGUCAUUACAACUCCGUUGAGAUUGAAUUUGCUCAAUAUGUUCACAUCGAGGACGGAAAAUUCGUCAUGGAUGAUCCUGCAGGGCUUUUUGACUUGCGAGGCCCUAUCAUGCGGUUUCUAGAGGAUAUACCAGUUGACGAGGCUAAGCGCGCCGUGGCAGAGUGUACCUAUUCUACUCUUGUCACAGCCGGCGCGAUCGUUGGUUUUGCUCUCACUGGGCCGAUUGGAGCUUCCAUUGGAUCCGCGUUUGGUUCGAUGUUGGGAUUAGGAGCCAGGGCUGCCAUUGGGUGUUCUAUAAACGACCCAAAUUUGCGAAACCAAGUAACAACUAUCUCGACGUUCCAAAUCCUUAUGGUAGGGGUUUCGGUCGCCCUGGCGCUGCCAAUCGGCAUGAUAACUGCUGGCCUCACCGAAGCCCUGGAAGAGGGCCUCUUCGAGGACGGAAUCAUAGCGAGAGCCUUGGAAACCGCGAUCUCCAAGGGGGAUGAAAACUUAGGCAAGUUCGGUUUACAGAUCAUUUUCAAAAUUGUCGGCGUCAUUCAAGACGAUUUGGCGCAGGGAAAGUCGAACGAGGAAAUUGAAGCCGAUAUCAGACAGUUAUAUGGUGAUGAUGACGGUGACGGAGUGAAUCCUCUCAAUGACGUGACACGGGCUGUCAAACAAGCAGUAACGACGGCAGCGAACAAGGCAUUGCAGGACGCGGCACUGGAAGUCGAGAACACAGUACAGGGAGUAGCACAUGAUGCGGCACAGGCUGCAGUGCAGGAAUUAAUACAGGAUGCAGUGCAGGAGGUAGGGCAGGAGGCUGCAAAGGAGCUCCUGCAGGAGGCAGGGGAGAGUUCAGCACUCCUGGACGUUGAGGCGGCAGCGCAGGCCGCAGUAGAUAAUGGCCAAUGGGGGAGGACAGCCAGGGACCCAGUGCGGACGUUCCUGGAAGUGAUGUGGGAUAUCAAAAAGGCACGAGAAGGAGCAGCACAGUUCGUUAAAGACUCAGUUGCUUCUCCUGAGAAAGAACUGGAGAAUGCGAAAGACACUGCGCGGAAGCCAUUCCAGGGGGCAGCGGGGGACGCAGCAUCAAAAGCCAUGGCCGCGGCGGCGCUCAUCGCGAACCUGGUAUUGGAGGUCAAGGCGGCAGCAACGGCGGAAGAGCCAGCCGCAAUCGCUCUCGCAGCAGAGCAGGUUGACGAAGCAAUGCAGAAGGCAGUGCAGGAUGCAACGCUGGCAGUCAAGCAGAAAGCAGCAGGGGAGGCACAGGAUGCAGCUCAGGAUUUUAAGGAAGCAGUGCACAAGGCUGUCCAGAAAGUCAAGGAUGCAGAACAGGAGGUUCAAAAGGCAGUCCAGGAUGCAGUACCGGAUGUCGAGCAGACAGCAAUUGGGAAAGUAAAAGACGCUGCAAAUGCUAUGGCGUGGCAGGAGGAAAAGGGAGGAGCAUCGCCGAAUGACGACGAUGUCAAGAGGGCAGCGCAGGGUGCAGUGGAAGGGGCAGUGCAAGAUGCAACGGAGUCGAUUCAGCCUAUAGCAGAUGCGGCACUGCAGACGGCACUGCAAGAGUUACAGGCCGGGCCGGAGGUCCAGAAAGCAGUGCGGGAGGCAGCACGGGAUGCAGUUGAGGAUGCGCUUUCAGAGAUUAUGAAGGCAGUGCAGGAUAGUGUGGCAGAUGCAGCUGGAGACGCAAUGCCUGUUUUUGGAAACCCCAGGCCUAAUCUUUUUGGUGGCAUGGAACCCUGA